AUGCCAUUGCGUAUCUUGCUGGUGUUAGCAGCGCUGGGUGUCGCUAUCGUCCAUGGGGACGUGAGCUUCCCGGGCGUGGGGUUCAACGCGGCGGUGGGGGAGCCGGCGCACGCGAGCAGCUACUACAACUACGCGCCGAAUGUGCUGUACGACACGGAGUUCGUGCCGGCCAACGCCAACGACGGCUUCCCGGACGAGACGAGCUGGUGGUCGGCGGGCGACAACGCGAGCGAGCAGGUCUUCUGGCAGGUCAACAUGAGCGCGCUGGCGCCGACGCUGUCGCGCAUCGUGGUGCGCUGGCACGGCUUCCUGUCGCCGCGCAGCUACCGCGUGCGCGUGUCGUACGACGGCGUCGAGUUCACGAGCAUCCUCGCCGUGUUCAACCUGAGCAACGCCUAUGACCGGGUGGACAACCACACGGAGGGGCUGGCCGCCGUCACGUCCAAGUUCCGCUACGUGCGCGUGGUCAUAGGCGAGCCCAACGUCUGCAGCGACCAGUACUCGUGCACGGACGACGGGAUCAGCACGACGACGAGCAACACGAACGAGCGGGUGAUCUACGGCAUCCGAGAGGUGGAGGUCUGGGCCAAAGGCACCAGGAGCGGCAGACGCCAGUCCCAAGACGCGGCGUGCUGA